UAUUUGCAGGGUCCAUCCUUCUCACUUUCAGGAUUACUCACCAGGCAGCUAAUGUGGCUCUGGGUGGAGUGGCUGCUCAGUCAUCACUGUUUGACCCCUCGUUUCUGCCAGACGUGGUGAUUGAUGGCAAAUCUAUUUCAAACUAUUUGCUUGGGAGCUGCACUGCCACUGAUUGGGAGACCAACCCCUGGUGGAGACUGGACAUGCGGGCUCCAUACAACAUCUCAUAUAUUGAAGUCAUCCGAAGAUCAGAUUGCUGCAUUUAUGAGAUACAGGGGGCUGAAAUACACAUUGGUAACUCACUGGAGAACAAUGGCAACAACAAUCCCAGAUGUGGAGUCAUCACUGUGACCAGUGAAAUUAAAUAUGUCUUUAACUGUGACCAGAUGGAAGGACGUUACGUCAAUGUUUUCAUCCGUGGUGUAGGAAGGCGACUUCAGCUUUGUGAGGUCAAAGUGUACGCCACUACAACCCCUACAGGAACCAAUGUGGCACCGAGAGGAGUAGCCACACAGUCUGGAGAACCAGAUUCUGCAGCAACUGCUCCACAAAUGGCCAUUGAUGAAGACAGUGGGAAGGAUCCACAAAGCACCUGUGCUUCAGUUCCACUGCAAGACAACCCCUGGUGGCAACUGGACCUGAGGAGUAUCUACAAAAUAACAGCUGUGUCUGUCACCAGCAUCAGCGACUGCUGCUCAGAGGAGCUGGACGGUGCUGAGAUCCGCAUCGGUCUCAAGAAUGACACCAGCAACCAGAGGUGUGCCAUCAUCUCCAUUGCAACGGGACAGAACAAAUACAACUACCAGUGUGGAAUAAUGGAAGGUCGCUUUGUCCAUGUUGUUCUUCCUGGACUACAGAAGAAUUUGACAGUUUGUGAAGUACAGGUGUAUGGGACUGUGCUUGAAAAUGUGGCUUUGAGAGGAGUGGCUUAUCAGUCUUCCCUAAGGUGGAAAACCACAGGUCAAGCAAGCAACGUUAUUGAUGGCCGUCAGUUUUCAACUUGCAGUGUAACUGAAGACAUACCUGGUCAGUGGGUACAAGUGGAUCUAUUGGCUCCCUACAAUGUGACUGUGAUACAGCUUGCCUUCAGUGAGGACUGCUGCUAUGGUGAUAUGGUCCAAGUGGAUGGCAAAAG